UAAUCUCGCAUGCGCGAGUGCAACAGUAGUUUAAUUAUAAUAUACACAUGUACAUAGACAUCUGGAGGUUCAUUGUUCCACUCAACUCAUUCUACAAUAGAAAACAAAAUAUGUUAACUACAUGUAUAUUGAUACACAAAAUCAUGCGUGACGCAUUCCAUGACAUUCUCUCAUCAGAGAGCACAAUACGCAAGCUUCUCCUGGACGUUAAAACACGGGUAAUUAACCUGUUCUUUAUCUGUACACAGGUGAGCAAUUUAAUGUAAAAGCAUGACAGGUAAAUAUAACCUGCGCACCGUUCCCUCUGGCGAGAUACCGAUUUCAUACCCCUACAAACAAUAAAAUAUGCGAGAUGUAGGGUUUAAUUUGUGUGCGGAGAAACGUUGAAUUUCGUUAAACAGGAACAUAGCAUAGUUUUGUUUUUGUUUGAAAGUGAUAUGGGGGUGGGGGGGGGGCAAUCGGAGGGGAAAUUAUAAAACAAUUCGUUUAAAAUUCUCGUCAAGCCCCCCCCCCCCCCCCAAAAAAUAUUACCCCGCCAGCCAAUUUUUUAAAACAUCCAUCAACUGAAACGAAUUGAAAACUAAAAGGGGGAGAAGGGUGGGUGGGUGUAGAUAAAGAACCCUCACUGUUACGAUUCAAAGCGAGGCCCCCGUGUCGUCAAGUAGACUUUGCAAAUUUGUUUUUCUAUUAUUUUUUUUUUUUUAUGAAAGGAAAUUCUAUCUUCUGACAGAAAUGUUUACACAGCUACCCCACGUGAUUUAGGUCAAACCAAGCUUUAAAACCAUUUACACAAUCGAUAACACGUAGAUAGUGUAUACAGGCUGACACGUCGCACAGGUAUUUAAUUCUCAGGACAAGACGGAAGGUCGAAAGAACAGGGAGGCCAUGUUGGAUUUUAAGUGAAGUUCUGGUGUGAUCACGGCGUCAGAAAUGCAUCCCCGGCGCAGUGCUCAGAAAGUCCUACUGUGUGACCUCUGUGAAACUGUUCCCCUACAGAGUCAUUGUGAACUUUGUAAUAUAAACUUAUGCAAGGCCUGUGUUGGGGAACAUCUCUCAGAUUCCUCUAAAAGACACAAAGUCGUGCCGUUUUUACAGAGAAAGGAUACCCCUAACUACCCGAAAUGUCUGAAACACCCCAAUAAACACUGCGAAUUUCACUGCGAGAAAUGUAACAUUCCUGUCUGUUCUACAUGUGUCACCUCAGGUGAACACGAAGGUCACAAAUUAUCAGAUAUUCUGGAAAAACUCAGCGCUAAAACAGAAAGUUUACAAAAAGAUCUGGACGAACUAGAAACAAGAAUUUACCCACGAUACCAAGAAAUAGCGUCCAACGUCAAAACUGAGAAAGCCGAGUUAGAAACAAAGUACGGGAAACUGACCACAGCCGCUGACCAACAAGGAGAAGUCUUGCACCGGGAGAUUACCGCCAUUGUCAACAAGCGGAAAUCCACCAUUGCGGAGAUGAAAACUAAACAUCUGGACGCGAUAAAUAAAAAUACAGAUGAAAUCACACAGAAAAUGGCGGAACUCCAACAGAUCAUUUCCGACUUGAAAUCAAUCCUAAAAUCAAAUGACGUCUCCUUAACCUCUACUUACAAAUCUAGGAAUUCUGAAUUUAGAACAUUACCGCCUAAAGUCCGAGUUACAGUACACAGUUUGUCUGCUCAGAAAAUAAACAAAGAUCAGCUCAAUGAAAUGUUUGGUUCUCUGCCGCCAUUAUCCAUUAACACAGAACAUGGCGACACAAUGAAGUCAGCAGAAGCUGUAUCGUCUCCUCCAGUCAAACCACUGCUUGAUGAGCCGCGCCUCACCGCCACCAUAGACACUGGGUAUGAAAAUCUAUACAGUGUUAGCUGUCUGAGUGAAGAUCAAGUCUGGACACGCGGGGAGAACGAAACCAUGAAGCUGCUCAACCUCCAGAGUAAACUACUGACAUCAAUACAAACCAAGUCAGGGAACGAACCAUGGGACAUAGCAGUGACACGGGACGGAGAUCUUGUUUAUACUGACCCUAAUAAAAGAACUUUAAACCUGAUAAAGAAUAAACAGAUACAGACCGUGAUCACACUACAGGGGUGGAGACCUUGCUUUGUCUGCUGUACCGCCUCUGAUAAUCUCCUGGUUACCAUGAACAGUGAUGAUGACAAACAAUCCAAAGUCGUGCGUUACUCCGGCUCCACAGAGAAACAAAGCAUUCAGUUUGAUGGUCAGGGUCGUCCUCUCUACUCAUCUGAUAGUUACAAUAAAUACAUCAGUGAGAACAAGAACCUGGAUAUCUGUGUGGCUGACUGGUCAGCUAGUGCAGUAGUGGUGGUCAAUCAGUCAGGAAAACUCCGAUUUAGAUACACUGGUCAUCCCUCUAAUACCAAGCAAUCAUUUACUCCACGCGGCAUCACUACAGACAGCCAGAGUCACAUCCUGACAGCAGACUGUGGCAAUGACCGUAUCCACAUCCUAGAUCAGGACGGACAGUUCCUCCGUUACAUUCACUGUGAUUUAGAACGUCCAUUCGGUUUAUGUGUGGACAUCAGAGACAACCUCUUUGUGGCUGAGUGGCGCACUGCUAAAGUGAAGAAAAUCCAAUAUCUAUAAACACAGUGUUAAUUACACAGCUCUACAGUGUUAAUUACACAGCUCUACAUAGUGUUAAUUACAUCUGCUUGUGAAUUACAGUCCUGUGUUAAUUACAUUCCUGUGUUGAUUACAAUCCUGUGUUAAUUACAUUCCUGUGUUAAUUACAUCCCUGUGUUGAUUACAGCCCUGUUUAGUGAUAUGUAACAUGUACUUGUGAGUUUAACUGAUAGAACAUUAGUCUCCACUGUUGUUUAGUAAUUAUAUCUUGCAGUAUCUGUAUUAUUAUAUUUAGUGGAACAUCAUUAAUUUUAGCACAUUAAUUAAUUACUAAUUAUACUCUGUUACUAGUUAUCCAUCUCUAUACAAUCUUUUCAAAACCAGUGAAUCGCUGAACACAAUCUAGAGAAUGUAAAUCAGUUAUAAUCGUGAAGUAAUUAGUAUUGUCACUUUGUCAGUAUUUGUGUGUAGCCUUGAAUUAUAGUACAUCCACUACUGAGUACUUGUAUGUAUGUAUGGACUUGUUUCAGUGUGAUAAACUACUAAUUGAACAUUAUUCUGUUUGUGAAUUAUAUCAUUCAAUAUGUGUUUGAUUUUACAAUGUAUAUAUUAGAUAAACAUGAUACAGAG